UCUCCGCGGUCCGCGUGUCGGUGCGCUCCGACCCCCCUCGUGUGGCGGGCCCUGGGGACGCCGCGUACCCCUGCGGCCCCUCACUACCCGCUUCGCUCCAAGUAGGACCCCGGUGCUCUGCGGUGCCCACGGAGCUCUGAGGCCCUGGUCAGGUCCAGUACUACGGGGUGACGACCCUGUGCCAGGCGGGCCGUCUGCCCUCCUUCCCGCGCGACUACAGCCUCGUCCUUUGGGUUGGGCUAUACUGACCCGAGCGAGGCCGACGCGGAGCGGGUCCCCGCCGCCGUACUAUCCUCUGACUUAGAAGAGUUGUGCUUAAAGAGCACAAUGGUUAUGAAAGCUUCUGUCGAUGAUGAUUCAGGUUGGGAGCUCAGUGUCCCUGAAAAAAUGGAAAAAAGCAAUACAAACUGGGUGGACAUAACUCACGAUUUUGAAGAAGCUUGUCGAGAGCUAAAGUUGGGAGAACUGCUUCAUGAUAAACUAUUUGGUCUUUUUGAAGCCAUGUCUGCUAUUGAAAUGAUGGAUCCCAAAAUGGAUGCUGGCAUGAUAGGAAACCAAGUAAAUCGAAAAGUUCUCAAUUUUGAACAAGCUAUCAAGGAUGGCACCAUUAAAAUCAAAGACCUCACCUUGCCUGAAUUGAUAGGGAUAAUGGAUACAUGUUUUUGCUGUUUGAUAACAUGGUUAGAAGGCCAUUCCUUGGCACAGACAGUGUUUACGUGCCUUUAUAUCCAUAAUCCAGAUUUUAUAGAAGAUCCUGCCAUGAAAGCUUUUGCUCUGGGAAUCUUGAAAAUCUGUGACAUUGCAAGGGAAAAAGUUAAUAAAGCUGCGGUUUUUGAAGAGGAAGAUUUUCAGUCAAUGACGUAUGGAUUUAAAAUGGCUAACAAUGUGACAGAUCUUCGAGUUACAGGCAUGCUAAAAGAUGUGGAGGAUGAUAUGCAAAGAAGAGUAAAGAGUACUCGAAGUCGCCAAGGAGAAGAAAGAGAUCCAGAAGUUGAACUAGAACACCAGCAAUGUUUAGCUGUCUUCAGCAGAGUGAAAUUUACUCGGGUGUUACUAACAGUGCUUAUAGCAUUUACUAAGAAAGAGACCAGUGCUGUUACAGAAGCUCAGAAAUUGAUGGUUCAAGCAGCAGAUCUUCUGUCUGCCAUUCAUAAUUCAUUACAUCAUGGCAUCCAAGCCCAGAAUGACACUACAAAAGGAGAUCAUCCAAUUAUGAUGGGUUUUGAGCCCCUUGUGAACCAGAGGCUACUUCCACCCACCUUCCCUCGAUACGCAAAAAUAAUUAAAAGAGAAGAAAUGGUUAACUAUUUUGCAAGACUAAUAGAUAGAAUAAAAACUGUAUGUGAGGUUGUGAACUUAACAAAUUUACAUUGUAUCCUGGAUUUUUUCUGUGAGUUUAGUGAACAGUCACCAUGUGUUCUUUCAAGGUCUCUGUUACAAACUACUUUUCUAGUGGAUAACAAAAAGGUCUUUGGAACUCAUCUCAUGCAAGACAUGGUGAAAGAUGCUCUUCGGUCUUUUGUCAGUCCUCCGGUGCUUUCCCCUAAGUGCUGCCUAUAUAAUAAUCACCAGGCUAAGGACUGUAUUGACUCUUUCGUGACUCACUGUGUUCGGCCAUUUUGUAGUCUUAUUCAGAUCCAUGGACACAACAGAGCUCGACAGAGAGAUAAGCUUGGUCAUAUUCUUGAGGAAUUUGCUACCUUGCAAGAUGAGGCAGAGAAGGUUGAUGCCGCCCUUCACACUAUGCUGUUGAAACAGGAACCCCAAAGGCAACAUUUGGCCUGUUUAGGAACCUGGGUACUUUACCAUAACCUUCGAAUUAUGAUACAGUAUCUCCUAAGUGGCUUUGAGUUGGAACUCUAUAGCAUGCACGAAUACUACUACAUAUACUGGUAUCUCUCUGAAUUCCUUUAUGCAUGGUUGAUGUCAACACUGAGUCGUGCUGAUGGUUCUCAAAUGGCAGAAGAAAGGAUAAUGGAAGAGCAACAGAAAGGCCGUAGCAGUAAAAAAACAAAGAAAAAAAAGAAAGUUCGCCCAUUGAGCCGUGAGAUCACAAUGAGCCAAGCCUAUCAGAACAUGUGUGCUGGAAUGUUUAAAACCAUGGUAGCAUUUGACAUGGAUGGAAAAGUACGCAAACCCAAAUUUGAGCUUGAUAGUGAACAAGUUCGGUAUGAGCAUAGGUUUGCUCCAUUCAAUAGUGUGAUGACACCACCACCAGUGCACUAUCUACAAUUCAAGGAGAUGUCUGACCUCAACAAAUACAGCCCUCCUCCUCAGUCUCCAGAGUUGUAUGUGGCAGCUAGUAAGCAUUUUCAACAAGCAAAAAUAAUAUUGGAAAAUAUCCCCAGCCCAGACCAUGAGGUCAAUAGAAUUUUAAAGGUUGCCAAACCCAACUUUGUGGUUAUGAAGUUGCUGGCAGGAGGUCACAAAAAAGAGUCAAAGGUUCCUCCAGAAUUUGAUUUCUCUGUUCACAAAUAUUUUCCUGUCGUGAAACUUGUUUGAAAGUCUGAAAAGGUAACCAUAAAGCGGUGGAAUCCGAUUCCACUCUUAGGGAAACAUCCAUCCGUCUCAGUACAUAUGUGUAAAGUAGAAUGGAUUUUUUGGAUAACAACCCCAUUAUAAGGAAUACUUGGUUUGACAGCCUUACAUGACAUUAGUGAAAACUGCUGUUUUAAAGUGGUUUAUUAGUUCCAUGGUUGAAACUGGUCUUACUGAAUGCAUUGAUGAACAUUACAUGGUUUUAUUACAUAUUUAAUCAUAAACCAUUUUUUAUGAAUGAUUGAGUGAAAAUAGUGUUUGUUAAGGUUAAUAAAUUUCUUGAC